AUGCCUCUCACCGAUAAUCGCGCCCUGCGCAUCCUCGACCAUGCCGCCGAAAACCACUACGGUGUACCCGCAAUGUGCUGCUACAAUGUGGAAGGAAUCCUCGCUACAGUCCGCGCUGCAGAGGCUAAGCGCUCUCCGGCUAUGAUUCUUCUUUUCCCGUGGGCGAUACACUAUGCCGAUGGUAUCCUAGUACAUGCCGCUGCUGAAGCUGCGAAGAAGGCUUCCGUUCCGGUUACAGUACAUAUGGACCAUGCACAGACGCCUGAGAUUAUUCGAUAUGCGGCGGAUCUGGGUGGAUUCGAUAGUAUCAUGGUUGAUAUGUCGCAUUAUGAGAAGGCGGAGAAUUUGGCUUUGACGCGCGAACUUGUGGAGUACUGCCAUGCUCGUGGUAUUGCGACUGAGGCGGAACCGGGUCGUAUUGAAGGUGGUGAGGAUGGUGUUGCUGAUACGGUUGAUUUGGAAGGAUUGUUAACGACUCCAGAGGAGAGUCAUGAGUUUGUGGAUACGGGGAUUGAUUGGUUGGCGCCGGCGUUUGGAAAUGUCCAUGGGGAGUAUGGGCCUCGUGGAAUUCAGCUGGAGUAUGAGAGGCUGAAGUCGAUUAAUGAGGCUGUGGGAGGCAAGGUUCGCCUUGUACUUCAUGGUGCGGAUCCUUUCACAAAGGAGAUCUUCCAGAAGUGUAUUGAUUGUGGCGUGUCGAAAAUCAAUAUUAAUAAGGUGUUGAAUAAUCCUUAUAUCAAGGUCCAGCAGGAGAAGGCUGGGAAGGUUCCUUUGACUGCGUUGUUGGAGGAAGCUACGAAUGCUAUGCAGAAGGCUGUGGAAGGCUGUAUUGAUAUGCUGGGCUCCGGAGGAAGAUACCCUUGA